AUGGCUGUUACAGCCAGUCAAUGUAUCCUUGGCGUAAGUUGGUCAUAGCAAACUAACGUUAGUUAACUAGUCAGCUACAUUUCACUGAAAUAUAACUGUGCCAAACAUUCGUCUAUAAUGUUUGGUAGUAAUGUUAUGUAACGUUAAUCAGCAACACUAGAUAACGUUAGCUACAUAAUUUUAUUUUGCCGAGUAUUUUGUUUUUCUUCAACAUGUAGCUAUUCUUUCUAUACAUGUUCUUUUACACAGGUUAGAGUUUGGGAAGUGCACGUGGACUUCCAUCCAGUAGGAUGGUUUUUGCUCACUGUAGCACUGCUGAUCUGUGCUACUCCCUCCUAGCUAUCUGCCAUCCAUCAGCAGUAGCACCAUGACUGACGUCCCCACCCGGAUCAUCAUGAGACGCCUCCACCAGUGAUCCAAAUGAUAUGAUAGUAGCUAGCUGGAUUGGAUUCUGUGCCAGCAGGAGCCUUGCGCAGGUUCUGCUGCUCUCUUUGGAGCAGUUAUCACUACAGUUUUGGGAAAGCCUCGGGACAACCGGAACUAUGGGAAACAGCUGCGUUUGUAGAGAAGAAAGUGAUGUGGAGGAUGGAUCGGCAGCUCGCAGGCAACUCAGACGAGUUGAUCACCCCACUGGCGAUCCCCCUGAGGCGCGAAGCAGUCGGCCCCGGGACCCUGUCAGACCCCCGCGGCGUGGGCGGGGACCCCAUGAACCCCGCCGGAAGAAACUAAACGUGGAUGGGCUGGUGCUGGACACACUAGCUGUGAUCAGGACUCUAGUUGACAAGUAAGUGUUUGAAAUCUUAAGAUGUUUGAGGGGUGUGUAAACUCUCACUCGGGAUAGGCUUACAUCUUGGUACAAGCUUGUUGGUCAUUGAGGUGUUGCUAUCCUCCAGACAGCCUCCUCUGCUCCCUCAGAACCCUGUCAAUAGUGUUUAGGCUGACAGAAUGCUUCCUCAGAGCUAUAGAGGUCUGGGUCUGAUUUUACUAUCAAAUGAUGAAGGACUUGAACCUGUGAGCAGAGACAGAUUCUCCUCCAGGAGGAGUUCCCAAGGGAGCAGUAGGUCUGCUGUCAUUGGUCAGAUUUAUAGGCAAGAUGAGGGAGGCCGAUGGGCCAGCCUUGCUAGCGGGCAAAACAACAUCCUCAACAGUUGCAGCCGCACACCCAUCCGUCACACUGUUCCACUUUGCCUCUGGCUUGUCAUCUGAAUUUCGUAACUACUUAGAGCAAGAGACGUAACAAUGCACCCACACACAUUACAGGUGAUGAUUUAGCUUCACUGUCACAAGAUUCUCUGUUCACAAUCACGUUGUUUUUUUCAGCGACCAAGAGCCCCCCUACUCCAUGAUCACGCUGCAUGAGAUGGCAGAAACGGGUAAGACAUGUCCUUAUAUGGUGAUGUAAUACAUGGAUUUCAGGAUAAGUUUCUCAAAGAUUGUUCAUUUUCUUCAGUAUGAUUUAGAACCGUAAGAGGAACUCUGUCCUCUGUGGCUGUCUCCUCUGUGUCAAAUGAAAUAAUUAGUGUGUCCUCUUGGCAGCUGUAACCUCUGGAUAUCGAUAACUAGUGGAUCAUAAGGUUGCCCAGGCUUUGCCAGUCAUUACUCUUUGUUCAAGGCUCUUCUAGCCCACACAAUGAUACUAAUGCAGGCUUCCCAUUCAGUCUCUAAACUUUGCGCCUGCCUAUUAGUCAUGACAAUUUCACCCGAUCCCACAGCAAGAUUGUGUUCAUUCUACAUUAUUGAGACUUGCUUGUAAUGUUUUACUAUUCCGUAUUAAUGCUACUAAUUUUGAGAACCAGACCCAUAGUGCCAGAGCAUUGUGCUAGUUCUUGGGGACAGUGAGUGGCAGGUCUGAGCCUCUCUUUGGCUGGUUUCAGAGGUGGAUCUAGCAGGGCCUAACUGAGUUUUAACAACCGUAUCCUUCCCCGCCAGCCUGUCUCUCCCCUCGUUGCCACGGCUGUGUGCUGUUUACUUUAUUUAUAAGUACAUCUGUUCUUUUGAUGGUUGAGAGAGAGUGGUAGGUUUGGAGCAGGGCAGUAAGGUGUUGAGUCACUGCUAUGGGGAGGGUAGAAUGGUGUUAUUCCUGGGCCUGUUAUCAGGAAUAGGAGUGGGAUUUUUCCAAUAUUACACACUGAUGUUGUGGAUAUCUGUAAAAGGGCAAUACCACGUUAUCGGAAUUACGCUGAGACUCAGAUUUUGUAACUUUAAAAUGUAUGCCAAACAAAGUUGAACAAACCAUACAACUACACUACAUGGCCAAAGGUAUGUGGACACCCCUUCAAAUUAGUUGGUUCAGCUAUUUCAGCCACACCCGUUGCUGACAGGUGUAUAAAUUGAUGACACGGCCAUGCAAUCUCCAUAGACAAACAUUGGCUGCAGAAUGGCCCGUACUGAAGAGCUCAGUGACUUUCAACGUGGUACCUUCAUAGGAUGCCACCUUUCCAACAUGUCAGUUCGUCACAUUUCUGCCCUGCUAGAGCUGCUCCGGUCAACUGUAAGUGCUGUUAUUGUGAAGUGGAAACGUCUAGGAGCAACAACUGCUCAGCCGCGAAGUGGUAGCGCUCAAAAGUUCACAGAACAGGACCGCCGAGUGCGGAAGCAAUUAGAGCGUAAAAAUCGUCUGUCCACGUUUGCAACAAUCACUACCAAGUUCCAAACUGCUUCUGGAAGCAACGUCAACACAAUAACUGUUCGUCAGGAACUUCAUGAAAUGUGUUUCCAUUGCCGAGCAGCCGCACACAAGCCUAAGAUCGCCAUGCGCAAUGCCAUGCGUCGGCUGGAGUGGUGUAAUGUUCGCCGCCUUUGGACUCUGGAGCAGUGGAAAUGCGUUGUCUGGAGUGAUGAAUCACGCUUCACCAUCUGGCAGUCCGACGGACGAAUCUGGGUUUGGCGGAUGCCAGGAGAACGCUACCUGCCCCAAUGCAUAGUGCCAACUGUAAAGUUUCAGCAUGAUAAUGCACAGAUCCAUGUUGCAAGGAUCUGUACACAAUUCCUGGAAGCUGAAAAUGUCCCAGUUCUUCCAUGGCCUGCAUACUCACCAGACACGUCAUCCAUUAAGCAUGUUUGGGAUGCUCUGGAUCAACGUUUACGACAGCGUGUUCCAGUUCCCGCCAAUAUCCAGCAACUUCGCACAGCCAUUGAAGAGGAGUGAGACAACAUUCUACAGGCCACAAUCAACAGCCUGUUCAACUCAAUGCGAAGGAGAUGUUGCGCUGCAUGAGGCAAAUGGUGGUCACACCAGAUACUGACUGGUUUUCUGAUCCACACCCCUACCUUUUUUUUUUUAGGUACAGUAUCUGUGUCUAACAGAUGCAUAUCUGUAUUCCCAGUCGUGAAAUCCAUAGAUUAGGGCCUAAUUUAUUUCAAUUGUCUGAUUUCCUUAUAUGAACUGUAAUUCAGUAUAAUCUUUGAAAUUGUUGCAUGUUGCGUUUAUUUUUGUUCAGUGUAGUUUGCAGGGGUCUUUACUUCAAAAUUGUGUUUUGAUGUAUUUCUAAUACCUUCAGACUUUAUCUGGUGGAUGUUUUCUAAGAGCCCUUUUCCAUCUGUUUUACUAGAAAUAAAAGCCUUUGCUUAUUCCUAAUUUGUAGGAUGUAAAAUGGUUGAAAGAUGUAUAUGGCUUAAUUUCUCAAUAUAGACGCUUAGCUUUCAUUUGACACCCAAUUUCAUAUACUCCUAUGAACUGUUGCUGUUCAUGGGUCCUUUUACAUGGAAAUGCCCAAAAUACAUCCAUCCGCCUUAUAUGCUGCUUUUGCCACAGAAGUUAAAAUAGAGUUGCAUAGUUUUAUCACAAGGAAAGGUUGGAAAUGAGUUGAUUCUUUUGAAUUAAGGAAGGCUAGGGGGAAGAGAAACCCAAAACAAUACCUCACUUUCAACAGUAAUUGAGUUUCUGGCCAGUUGAGUGAUGCAUAAGAAAGCCUCCAAGCAGACAUGUUUAGACACUAAACCUCAGACAGCACAUAUCUGUAUCUAGUGUGACAACUCCAAAGAGGCUGUUAAUUAACCAGUUUUGCUGUCCCCUGCUAACCCCACCCCCUGUGCCACCCGAAGAUGACGGCUGGUUGGAGGUGGUCCAGUCUCUGAUCCGGGUGAUACCGCUGGACGACCCACUGGGACCAGCUGUGAUUACCCUGCUGCUUGACGAGUGCCCACUGCCCACCAAAGUGAGUACUAGUUACCAUCUGGGUCUCUUCUGUGUAAUGCCUCCAAGAUCUGUCUUCCUUGCCUAAUGCCUACACAGAACUCAAAUUCAAAACUCAACUUCCCAAAGCAUGACCACCCACUCUUAAGACACUCCUUGAGAGCAGCUGAUUACAACAUACCAAGCUCAUGUUCCAGUAGUGAGGGGGGAAUUGAUAGUUACUAAAAAGGACUAGGGUUGAGGAGUGAUGUUGCCACUAUGGUAUCUGUAAAAUGCAGGAAUGAUGGUUGGAGACAAGGUUUCCAGUUCAGGGUAUUUAUUAACUAACUAAAAGGCACAGUACAAGGACACAGGAGCACAUGGGGGUAGGAUGGAGAUUUGAUGGCUUGUAAGGCCAGUAGGUAAGUUUGUGAUACAAAAUAGAGAUACAAACACAUGUUAACAUACAAUCAUGACUGACAAGUGCAAAAAGGAGAAGAAACGGAAAAGUAUCAAACAAACUGAGGAUAUACACUAUAUAUACAAAAGUAUGUGGACACCCCUUCAAAUUAGUGGAUUCAGCUAUUUUAGCCACACCCGUUGCUGACAGGUGUAUAAAAUCGAGCACACAGCCAUGCAAUCUUCAUAGACAAACAUUGGCAAUAGAAUGGCCUUACUGAAGAGCUCAGUGACUUUCAACAUGGCACCGUCAUAGGAUGCCACCUUUCCAACAAGUCAGUACGUCAACUUUCUGCCCUGCUAGAGCUGCCCCAAUCAACUGUAAGUACUGUUAUUGUGAAGUGGAAACGUGUCGGAGCAACAACGGCUCAGCCGUGAAGUGGUAGGCCACACAAGUUCACAAAAAGAGACCGCAACACUCACUACUGAGUUCCAAACUGCCUCUGGAAGCAACGUCAGCAAUAUAACUGUUCGUCGGGAGCUUCAUGAAAUGGGUUUCCGUGGCCGAGCAGCCGCACACAAGCAUAAGAUCACCAUGCGCAAUGCCAAGCGUCGGCUGGAGUGGUGUAAAGCUUGCCGCCAUUGGGCUCUGGAGCAGUGGAAACUGGAGUGAUGAAUCAUGCUUCACCAUCUGGCACUCCGACGGACAAAUAUGGAUUUGGCGGAUGCCAGGAGAACGCUACCUGCCCCAAUGCAUAGUGCCAACUGUAAAGUUGUGCAAAGCGAGGUCCAUACAGAAAUGUUUUGUCGAGAUCGGUGUGGAAGAGCUUGACUGGCCUGCACAGAGCCCUGACCUCAACCCCAUCGAACACCUUUGGGAUGAAUUUGAACGCCAACUGCGAGCCAGGCCUAAUCUCCCAACAUCAGUGCUCGACCUCACUAAUGCACUUGUGGCUGAAAAGAAGGAAGUACCCGCAGCAAUGUUCCAACAUCUAGUCGAAAGCCUUCCCAGAACAGUGGAGGCUGUUAUAGCAGCAAAGGGAGGACCAACUCCAUAUUAAUGCCCAUGAUUUUGGAAUGAGAUGUUCCACAUACUUUUGGUCAUGUAGUGUAUCUUAGUGCCUUGCAAAAGUAUUCAUCCCCCUUGGCGUUUUUCCUGUUUUGUUGCAUUACAACCUGUAAUUUUUAAUGGAUUUUUAUUUGUAUUUCAUAUAAUGGACAUUCACAAAAUAGUCAAAAUUGGUGAAGUGAAAUGAAAAAAAUUACUUGUUUCCAAAAAUUCAAAAAAAUUAAUAAUGGAAAAGUGGUGCGUGCAUAUGUAUUCACCCCCUUUGCUAUGAAGCCCCUAAAUAAGAUCUGGUGCAUCUUACCUUCACCGGUUUGAGUGUGUCAAGAACUGCAACGCUGCUAGGUUUUUCACGCUCAACAGUUUUCCGUGUGUAUCAAGAAUGGUCCACCACCCAAAGGACAUCCAGCCGACAUGACACAACUGUGGGAAGCAUUGGAGUCAUGAUGGGCCAGCAUCCCUGUGGAACACUUUCGACACCUUGUAGAGUCCGUGACCCAACGAAUUGAGGCUGUUCUGAGGGCAAAAGGGGGUGCAACUCAAUAUUAGGAAGGUGUUCCUAUGUUUUGUACAGUCAGUGUGUACAGAGCCUUCAGAAAGUAUUCACACCCUUUGAUUUUUUCCACAUGUUGCAUUACAGCCUGAAUUUAGAAUGUAUUAAAUAGAGAUGUUUUGUCACUGGCCUACACACAAUACCCCAUAAUGUGAAAGUGGAAUUAUGUUAUUAAUUAUUAUUAAUUAAAAAUGAAAAGCUGAAAUGUCUUGAGUCAUUAAAUAUUCAAUCCUUUUGUUAUGGCAAGCAUAAGUAAGUUCAGGAGUAAAACAUUUCUUAACAAGUCACAUAAUACAUUGCAUGGACUCACACUGUGUGCAAUAAUGGUGUUUAACAUGAUUUUUGAUUGACAACCUCGUCUCUGUACCCCAACUCACUCUGUGUGCAAUAAUGGUGUUUAACAUGAUUUUUGAUUGACAACCUCGUCUCUGUACCCCACACCAUACAAUUAUCUGUAAGGUCCCUCAGUCAAGCAGUGAAUUUCAAACACAGAUUCAACCACAGAGCCCAGGGAGGAUUUCCAAUGCCUCGCAAAGACGGGCACCUAUUGGUAGAUACAAAUACAAAAAGCAGACAUUGAAUAUCCCUUUGAGCAUGGUGAAGUUAUUAAUUACACUUUGGAUGGUGUAUUGAUACACCCAGUCACUGCAAAGAUACAGGCGUCCUUCCUAACUCCGUUGCCAGAGAGGAAGGAAACCGCUCAGGGAUUUAACCAUGAGGCCAGGCCAAUGGUGACUUUAAAACAGUUACAGAGCUUAAUGGCUGUGAUAGGAACAAAAUGAGGAUGGAUCAACAUUGUAGUUACUCCACAAUACUAACCUAAUUGACAGAGUGAAAAGAACGAAGCCUGUACAGAAUAAAAAUAUUCCAAAACAUGCAUCCUGUUUGCAUCAAGUCACUAAAGUAAUACUGCAAAAAAUGUGGCAAAGCAAUUAACCUUUUGUAUUUAGGACAAAAAGUUAUGUUUGGGGCAAAUCCAAUACAACAUUACUGAGUACCACGCUCCAUAUUUUAAAGCAUAGUGGUGGCUGCAUCAUGUUAUGGGUAUGCUUGUAAUCGUUAAGGACUGGGGAGUUUUUCAGGAUAAAAAAGAAAUGGAAUGGAGCUAAGCACAGGCAAAAUCCUAGAGGAAAGCCUGAUUCAGUCUGCUUUCCACCAGACACUGGGAGAUGAAUUCACCUUUCAGCAAGACAAUAACCUAAAACACAAGGCCAAAUCUACGCUGGAGUUGCUUUCCAAGAAGACGGUGAAUGUUCCUGAGUGGCUGAGUUAGAGUUUUGACUUAAAUCUACUUCUGAAACUAUGGCAAGACCUGAAAAAUGGUUUUCUAGCAAUGACCAACAGCCAAUUUGAUAGAGCUUGAAGAAUUCUUAAAAGAAUAAUGGGCAAAUGCUGCGCAAUCCAGGUGUGGAAAGCGCUUAGACUUAUCCAGAAAGACUCACAGCUGUAAUUGCUGCCAAAGGUGCUUCUACAAAAUAUUGACUCGGGUGUGAAUACUUAUGUAAAUUAGAUUUCUGUAUUUCAUUUUCAAUAAAUCUGCCAACAUUUCUAAAAACAUGUUUUCACUUUGUCAUUGUGGAGUAUUUUGUGUAAAUGGGUGAGGGAAAAAUGUAAUCAAUUUUGAAUUCGGGCUGUAACACAACAAAAGGUAGAAUAAGUCAAGGGGUAUGAAUACUUUCUGAAGGCACUGUAUUAUGAAAGAAAAGACGAUGAAGUAGAUUUCAAGAGACAGUGUUUCGCUGUGUAGGGCUUUCAAAACAGUGCUCGUUUCCCUUCCUUUGUCAGGAUGCUCUACAGAAGCUGUCCGAGAUGCUGAGCCUGAGUGCCACUGUGGCCCGCCAGGAUGCCGUCAUCCCUUCUAAGCACCGCAACACUACAGCUGUACUGGGCUGCCUGGCUGAGAAACUGGCUGGUGAGGGUGGAUGCAACCUGAUCUCCCUCAUCUCUUACACACACAAGUUUGUUUUACUAUCCUUUUGGGGACCAAACGAAUGAUUCCCAUUCAAAAUCCUAUUUUUCUUAACCUAACCUUACACCCAAAACCCUAAAUCUAACCCCUAAUUGUAAACCUAACCAUUAAGCCUAAGAAAGUAUUUUUCCUUUUGGGGACUGGCGAAAUGUCCCCACUUGUCCGAAUGUUCCUUGUUUUACUAAACUUGUGAGGACUUCUGGUCCCCACAAGGAUGGUAAAACCAAACCCCACACACACUUUCUCUUACAGACACACACACACACUCUUGAACUCACAUAAUCAACAGUGUGAAUAUGUAUGCAAAUGCUCUCAAACGCCUCAGGUUAUUUGACCCUAGUUGCCCAACCAGAAUUUAGCAUACCAAAUGGUCAUUGUGAACUGAAAGAGCUGAUCCUGCAGGUUUGAGUUGUAUGCCUGUCAUGACAUGGCCAAAGUGCUCUGCCUUUGCUCUGACAGUUCUGCUGAGCCUGCAGCACUGGCCUGGGAAGAGGGUGGCCAGGGUGAGACAACACGGUCUCUGACAUACCCAACAGGGGUUGCCUCUUCUAUUCAAUGUCUGUUUGUUUACACCCCAAACUGUGAACUACACUUUGUCUUUCUCUGGAAGCGUUGAGUGUUACUAUUUUUCUUUGUAUUAUUCUUUUUUAACUCUACAUCAUUGGGAAGGGCUCGUAAGCAAACAUUUCACGGUGAAGUCUACACCCGUUGUAUUCGGCGCAUGUGAGACAUAAUAUUGUGGGGGGUUUUAAAUAAUUUUUUGGGUGCAAUCCUGUGCUUUUACUGUGGCUCUUAGCAUUGUUCCUUCACCUAACGCCCACUCCAUAUGUCUCAUCUCUCAGGUCCAGCCAGCAUUGGACUCCUGAGCCCUGGAACCCUGGGGUACCUGCUGGAGAGCCUGGUGAGAGAACACGCCAAACAUGUAGAACCACACAAAUGCUGUUGCGCUGCCAAUAGUCAUAAACUUGGGUUGCAUGUAGAAUGAGGCUGAGACCUUGUCUAAUUGAUCUGAACAUCUCUGUUCCCAGAGUUCUGAGGCCCAUCCUACUGUAAUGCUCUUUGCUCUCAUAGCCUUGGAGAAGUUCUCUCAGACCAGUAAGUUUGUCCCCUUAUCCUGCACAUCCUUCUGAAGGUUGCUAUGCUAACCCACUGGCCAUGAAAUGGACUAGUAGCUGUUCUAUUUCCCUUUUUGCAGGUGAGAACAAGCUAACAGUGUCUGAGUCGUGUAUAAGUGACCGGCUGGGGAUUCUGGAAUUGUGGGCUGACCACACAGACUACCUGAAGCGCCAGGUCGGCUUCUGUUCCCAAUGGAGCCUGGAUAACCUCUGUGAGUAGUAGGCUACAUCAUGUUAGGGAGGACAGUUCUCAUCCACACACUAUGUUGUUGUGUAUGACUGACUGACUUAAUAUUCCCUCUAUCCUGUCUCCUCAGUCCUGAAAGAUGGCCGUCAGUUCACCUAUGAGAAGGUGAACUUGAGCAACAUCAACGCCAUGCUGAACAGCAACGACGUCAGCGAGUAUCUCAAGAUCUCUCCCAGUGGACUGGAGGUGAGGGGGGCCUCUCUCUGUAACAAGCCUGACAGAGCAGUGUGACUAGAAUAAUCUCUACGCAACUGUCUAUAGGGGCACUGUGUUGCACACACACGAAGUGAUUAUACUUUAUGUUCGUCAUCUAAAUGCCAGUAUUAUACUGAUCAGUAUCAUAAUCCUGUUUCAUAGAGAUAAUGGAUCUGCCCUUUUCUCCCCUCUCCCAAGGCACGCUGCGACGCGUCCUCCUUUGAGAGUGUCCGCUGUACCUUCUGUGUGGACUCAGGCGUGUGGUACUAUGAGGUCACAGUGGUCACCUCAGGGGUCAUGCAGAUUGGCUGGGCCACCAAGGACAGCAAGUUCCUUAACCAUGUAUGUGCUCACAUGCUUUACUGAUACACACAGCAAGCAGUGUUUAUUUAUGCUAUUUAUGCUAGAGACUGAAUGCCACAAUGUGUGUGCUUCAGGAGGGCUAUGGGAUAGGAGAUGAUGAAUACUCGUGUGCAUAUGAUGGCUGCAGGCAGCUAAUCUGGUACAACGCUCGCAGUAAACCACACUCCCACCCCUGCUGGAAAGAGGGUAAGUGCACCCCAAACUCCAUACAGUAUCAUGUUGUAGCUCAGGCUGUAAUGGGGAGAUGUCUGUCAACACCUCGACUUACACACAUUUGUUACCAAACUACUGUCCCUUACAAGUAUAUGCUUAAGCCUUACACUUUCUUUGAUCUGUAGGAGAUGCCAUAGGUUUCCUACUGGACCUCAGUAAGAAGCAGAUGCUUUUCUACCUGAAUGGACAUCAGCUCCCCCCAGAGAAGCAGGUGUUUUCCUCAGCAACGUGAGUAUACACACCCUACUCCUGCUUGCUCCAUUUUCUGGCCAUAAUCCAAAGUGCACCCCACACAUGUAUUAACAUAUUCACAUACUGUACAUUUCAGUAACUCACUGCCACAUCCAAUAUCCUCCCUAUUUAAAAAAAAAAAUGUUAAGUCAUUUUAGCAGACGCUCUUAUCCAGAGCGACUUAGUGAGUGCAUAAAUGUUUUCAUACUAUUCUUCCACUUUCUUUAGUCUUUCUACUUCCUUUCUUUUUCCAGGUCUGGCUUCUUUGCAGCAGCAAGUUUCAUGUCCUACCAACAAUGUGAGUUUAACUUUGGGGCGAAGCCCUUCCGCCAUCCCCCGUCUGUCAAGUUCAGCACCUUCAAUGACUUUGCCUCGCUGGCGUCUGAUGAGAAGAUUAUCCUUCCCAGGUAAGUCGGAGCUAAUGGAACCUUGAGCAAAAUUGUUAGGCUCUAAAUGAUCACUAGUUGAACAGGACAACUGCACAUUAUGUGAACUCCCAUGUAACAUUUAGUAACUGUUUGUGCUUGUGUGUUUUCCUCAGACACCGGCGCCUGGCCCUGCUCAAGCAGGUGAGCAUCAGAGACAACUGCUGCACCCUCUGCUGUGACCAGAUGGCUGAUACAGAGCUGAGACCCUGCGGACACAGGUACAACAACUUCCCUCUCUGUUUCACCCCUUGUACCUAUAUUGAGUAUCUAGCUAUUUGCCUGUGUGUUACAGCUCCUUACGUGGUCUCUGUGUGUGUUUGUGUCUGUUUCCUUAGUGGGAUGUGUAUGGAGUGUGCCUUACAGCUGGAGACGUGCCCGCUGUGUCGCCAGGACAUCCUGACACGUGUCAGACUCAUCUCACACGUGUCCUGACACAUCACCUCCAAACCAGGACAUGAACGCUCCUCCCCUCCUCCAAUCAUCUUUAUCCCAGGAAUCAACCCGACCAAUAGGACUGUGAGGCUGUGCCAGGAUCCCUGAUCGGACCCUGAGCCUAAUGUGAGGAGGGAGUGAUGGGACCUGACAAAGACCUCCAGGAGAGAUACAGUGUGGGGGAUAGUGUAGGGAGAAUAGGACAGGGAGGGGUAACCUUUUCUUCUGCUGCACUCCAUGAAUCGUUCUCUCUGUGAGGAGAUGGGCCCCACACCCUGAGAACAAAAAAGUGCUUGGAGAGUGAGGGGGAAGUGGGAGGAAGACAAUUAGAGACAUUACCAGGCAGCAGCAUUUCCAGAAUCACCCCAUCAAUCUUAAUGUCAUAAACUCACACAGUGUCUGCACAUGGAUCUGCCUAAUGUUCCCUCCCUUAGGCUCUGGUCAAUGUGUCCUGUGUAUCUCUGCUCAGAUGUUUUACAUGUAUCUGUGAUUCUCUUGUUUUAUUCUGACUAUACGUAAAGGCACAACAACAACGAAGAGACAUCCUUGGUUGGCUCAGUUGGCGGUGAUAAUGAUGUUAAGGCCCUGCUCAAUCAUACAAUACUAACUGAGCACAGAUAUGUGUCCAUCUCUCCUCUACUUGAUGCAUUUCUGGGUUGAUUGAAUAACCAUGCUGUUAUAAAAGAGAUUUCAAAUUUAACAAAAUAACUGUUAUUCAAAAUACUAUUAUAUUUGUCUACAAUUAAAACUAAAUUUAAUGAAAUUAAGUUAUUGAAAUCAAAGCUAAUUGGGAUCGUUUUAAACAGUAUAGCAUGACGUGGUUGUGGAAAAUUAUUCAAACAAUCCUAGGAUGUUGUCAGAAGAAA